AUGCAUAUGAAUCAGUUCGUGAAAUAUCAUUCCUCGAGUACAAAGUAUCAAGAAAAUUUACUAUGGGGAGAGAGCAAGUGCAAUGUUCCUUUCCUUCUGCGGCGUGUGGUGCUACAUGUCUAUGAGAGUGACCGGUUUGAUGUUGAUCCAGUAGAUGCAGUUGAACAGACGAACACAAUUAUUGGAGAGCUGGUACCAAAAGACGUACUCUACAUCAAAGUAAUAUAUUGCUGGCACUUAAAAAAGUCUUCCUAUGGCAAUAAUUCAACGCAAGUGUUCAAAGGAAUAGAACUUGCUGGCACAAAAAUUGAACUAAAGCAUUUAAACAUUUCGUUGACUUGGAAGCAUUUGAAUGACUUCGCUGCAGAUGAUUACUGCCAAUGA